UGUGAGUGCGGAUCCUCUUCUUGCUGCAUCUGUUAAUCUACUUUCACCUGCACCCAGGCUCCUGUACUUCCCCAGCAGAUGCACCGUCUCUCUCAGCUCUGCGUCUAUUCACCUCGGGGCACUGAGUCCGGUUACUGGGAAGGAAAAUGGAUGAAAUCACUCGACUGACGGAUUUGAUAAAAAACUUCAGCUUUGCUGACUGUGCCGCAGGGAAUCUGGGCUACGACCGGGUCCUCCUCCAGCUCUUUGGGUUUUUGGGACACGGCAAAUCCUCCUUCAUCAACACCUGCAAGUACGUCUUGGAAGAUGGCGAGUACUGGAACUAUACAGACUCCAAAAAAUCAGAAGGAGGGGACACUAAAACCAGAGUAACGUAUCCGCUGACCGACACCCUGACGCUGGUGGACAACCGCGGCUGCUCAGUGAUGAAUGAUUAUGAGACGGCAGAAAUAUUUGCUCAGCUUGCCAACUUGUUGCCCCUGGAUGAGGGAGUGGAGUGGAGCAAAGGAUUUGGACUCGGAGAAAGAAUUAUAGAGGCUGAGGCAGAUGUAAAAUCAUCUGACUUUAUCUACCCCAUCUUUGUGUUCAGUGUAAAGCAAGGACUGCCCAGCCAGGAGAUGUCAAUGAUAAAAGAGCUGCUUGAAACGGCCAGAGACCUGACAGAAAUGUUUCCUACUGUGGUUCUAACCCAUAAGACCAGUGGGAAUCUGAGAGAAAUGAAGGAUAAGUUUGAAAACAUGGGGGCGGAGCGAGUCUUUGCCCUUGAAAAUUUCACCCCAGAAGAUAACAUCAAAACCAGAGGGAGGCAUGAGGAGGUGCUGAAGAUUUUCUGUGAAAUUAUCAAAGAUAUAGAGUUUCGCUUUCAGAAGGGGGUGGGGGAUCCAGAGAAAAAGAGACAAGGAAGGAAGAAAAAGUUGCUCAAGUUCAUUCAUGAGAGGGAAAUAAAGAAGAAAGAUGAGGAACUGGAAAGGCAGCGAAUGCGAGAAAAGACGCUGCAUGAAGAAAAGGCAGAACUUCAAAGAAACAAGAACAAUGGAGGGGAAUGUACUGUAUCAUAAACCUGAUGGAGUGUUGCUUUCCAGGCCCCCCUGAAUGAGCUACAAAGGCAGAAAAUUUGUGCCUGAAAACUUUGUGUAACGCUUAAUAAAGUUGAAGAAAUAAUUUGCUGAUAUUCUUACAGGUUACUGUAGUAUUUAGGGUGGCGUAACCUACUGCAUUUUCAUCAUUGAUUCUUAGUUUGAAUAAAAAACAGAAAAUCCA